GAAGAAGCAGACAGUAGAAAAAAACAAGCUGCAAGAAAAUUUGAUUUUUUAUUAAUUCGUGGUUGCGUUUAGUAAUUUUUAAUGAAAAUUUAAUUAAUUUCCUUAAAAAUAAAAUGUAAAUUAAUAAAAAAAUAACGCUAAGCAACAAGUGUUUCAUCAAUUAUACUUAAUAAUUGUAAAAAAAGUUAAACAAUUUAAAGAAAUUAAAUAAAAACCCCAGAAACUAACUACACCCCAUCUUCAAGAAUUUUUUGUGCUUAAUUUUUUUUUCUUUAAUUGAAAAAGAAAAUUUUAUCAAGGUUUUUUUGUUAAAAAUCGUAAAUUUAAGCCAAAAUGUCUUUGCCUGGCAAUGGCAUAUUUGUGGUCCGGGGCGAAAUGUCCACUUUAAUGACCGCUAUGCGUAGAGGCUCCCGUUGGAAUGCCACCGCAUACGUGGAUGAGGAAAAAGAUGGUUUAAUGAAAUUAUUUAUGGACCUUAAACAGGUGCUUAAUCGCAUUGAGGAUUUGCGCUUAAUCGAUCCGAAUAUUUUUUUGGCCCCUUUUCUAGAGGUCAUUCGCACCGAAGAGACCACGGGAGCGGUCACUAGUUUGGCCUUAUCAGCUAUAAACAAAUUUCUUUCAUAUGGUUUGAUAGAUCCCACAUCCCCCAAUCUGGCCGUAAUAAUAGAAAACAUAGCAGACGCUGUGACUCAUGCCCGUUUCAUGGGCACAGAUCAGUCAUCGGAUGGUGUCACUCUCUUUCGUGUAGUUGAAGUUCUACACACUCUAAUGCGCAGUCCUGAAGGUUCAGUGCUAACGAACGAAGCUGUUUGCGAAGUUAUGUUAAGUUGUUUUAAAAUCUGUUUCGAACCAAGACUCAAUGAACUGCUACGCCGAUCAGCUGAGCAGGCCUUAAAAGAUAUGGUUCUAUUGCUGUUUAUGCGUUUGCCGCAAUUCGCUGAUGAUCGCAGUGAAUCGGGUUUAUUGAAGAAAUUUCAAAUGUUAGCAGCUUCCAUGGAAAAUGAUAAAAAACAAAGGAAAAAAACACUUAAAACACAGACAUCAAAUGAUACGAAUCUUAAGCGUAGUCAAAGUUUAAAGGGUAAUGAUUUGACUAAACUGGGUACGGAUGAACAGCAGCAGCGUAAAAUUUCUACACAUUCACAGCCGGGAGAGGAUACUGGCACUCUGCAGACACCAGGGCCGGUUAAUCAUUUGAAAGCACCUCCCUUGGCCACCACACCAGCUACACCAGCUGGUAAUAUUGUAGAUUUGCAGGGGAAAAUAACCCAAACUCCCACCUCAGCUUUAACACAACAAGCUGAUAGCACAGAUGUGGCGGGAGAUACUACAACUGUUAAUAGUGAUGUUAACACUCCCUUGAUAUCGGUAGAACCAGCUUCACCACCUACUAAUAACAACACUGAAGCGGAUUUAGAACAACGUCCUCAAUCUCCUCAUUCACAGGCCGGCAGUAGUGAAUACAUCAAUUCUGUAGGAGUACGUUUUACCCAACAAAACUCUGUGGAUGGUUCAGAGGGUAUGGCACCCUUGGUGCCCUAUGGUUUGCCUUGUAUACAAGAAUUAUUUAGAUUCUUAAUUUUACUAUGCAAUCCCUUGGAUAAACAAAACACCGAUACCAUGAUGCAUAUGGGUUUGAGCCUGUUGACAGUGGCUUUUGAAGUAGGAGCCGAUAAUAUAGGCAAAUAUGACUCCUUGCUGCAAUUGGUUAAAGACGAUUUGUGUCGUAAUCUAUUUGCGCUUAUGAACUCUGAACGUUUGACCAUUUUUGCUGCCGAUUUGCAAGUUUGUUUCUUACUUUUCGAAUCGCUGAGAGGUCAUCUUAAAUUUCAAUUGGAAUUUUAUUUAAGAAAACUAAACGAAAUCAUAGCCAGUGAUAAUCCCAAGACUCCUUAUGAAAUGCGUGAAUUGGCUUUGGAUAAUUUACUACAAUUGUGGCGUAUACCUGGCUUUGUUACCGAGCUUUAUAUAAACUAUGAUUGUGAUUUAUAUUGCAGUGAUUUGUUUGAAAGUAUUACCAAUCUUUUGUCCAAAUACACGCUAUCCGCCACAAAUGCCAUCUACAAUACCCAUAUAAUAGCUAUGGAUACUUUAAUUUCGGUGGUGGAUAGUAUAGAAAGUAAUUGUGCUGCUGCCAAAACUACCAAUUCUUCAGCUAAUAACACCAAUACCGUAGACUCAACAAACCCUAAUACCCCCUCCUCAGCUAUGAGACACUCACGUCAUAAUUCCGGUUUAGAAGGCAUUGUUAUCGAUGAUCCCAAUAAUUUGGACGACACCAAAGUCGAAAAUAUUUCCAAAUUUCUUAACUCAUCUACACGUAUACGUUUACUAUCGGGUGAUACUGCUGCCGAAAAGGCAAUAACUCGUGAAUAUCUUAAAGAUGUCAAAAACAAAAAACGUAUUCUAACUCAAGGCACUGAACUUUUUAAUCAAAGACCCGAUAAGGGUAUACAAUUCUUACAGGAGAAUGGUAUUUUAAAUCCUCAACUUGAUCCCAUGGAGGUGGCUUUAUUUUUGCGUGAAAAUCCUGGUCUCGAUAAGAAAAUGAUUGGUGAAUAUAUAUCGAAAAAGAAAAAUGUUGAUUCUAAAAUUCUUAUGAAUUUUGUGGAAUCAUUUGAUUUUAAUGGUUUACGCGUUGAUCAGGCGCUACGUUUGUAUUUGGAAACAUUCCGUUUGCCCGGAGAGGCUCCGUUGAUAUUUUUGGUUUUAGAACAUUUUGCAGAUCAUUGGCAUAAACAAAAUGGUGAACCCUUUGCCAAUACCGAUGCUGCCUUUAGUGUAGCCUAUGCUAUUAUUAUGUUAAAUAUGGAUCAACAUAAUUCCAAUGCCAAACGUUUAAAUGUACCCAUGACUCAAGAGGAUUUCAAAAAAAAUCUAAGAGGUCUCAAUGGUGGUGGUGAUUUUGAUCAAGAACUCUUGGCCACCAUAUUCAAUGCCAUUAAAAACGAAGAAAUAGUUAUGCCGGCCGAGCAGACAGGUCUGGUGCGUGAAAAUUACUUGUGGAAAGUGUUAUUGAGACGUGGUGCCACCUCGGAUGGUGCAUUUAACUAUGUACACGAUAACACUUAUGAUAUGGAAAUCUUUAAUGUUAUAUGGGGUCCUUCGUUGUCUUCUUUAAGUUUUAUGUUUGAUAAAAGCAGUGAAAAUGGUUAUCAAAGAACUUUGGCUGGUUUUACCAAAUGUGCGGGCAUAUCGGCUUUCUAUAAUCUUUAUGAGGAUUUUGAUGCCUUGAUUUUGACCUUGUGCAAGUUUACCACCAUUUUAAGCAGUGCCCAGCAAGAGGCCCCCAAUCCGGCCUUAAACGAAAUAGUACAAGCGGUUAAUUUUGGUUUAAAUCCCAAAGCUCAAGCAGCCAUGCGUACGGUAUUCGCUUUGGUCCAUGAUUAUGGUGAUUCUUUAAGAGAUGGCUGGCGCCAUAUCUUGGAUAUUUAUCUACAGUUAUUCCGUUUGAAAUUAUUACCCAAAUCUUUAAUGGAAGUUGAAGAUUUUUGUGAACCUUCUGGCAAGGCUCAAUUGGUUCUGGAGAAACCUAGUCAAAAGCAAGAAUCUGGUUUAUUCUCCAGUCUUUACUCCUACCUCUCGUCCGAGGGUCAAAGAGAACCAUCCUAUGAGGAACAGGAAUUUAUUAAGAUUGGAAAGAAAUGCAUUAAGGAAUGUCAAUUGGAUCAAAUGAUUCAGGAAUCGAAAUUUGUACAAUUGGAAUCAUUGCAAGAGUUAUUGAAACAGGUAUUGGGUUCCGUUAAGGCACCUAAUGCUCAUAAAUCUAUAGGCAUGCCUUAUUCGGAGGAUAUUGUGGUCUUUUGGAUGGAGUUUUUGGUGAAAAUUGUUAUUUAUAAUAGAGAUCGCAUGAUACCCUUGUGGCCGGCUGUUAGAGAUCAAAUGUAUUUGCUAUUAAUGGGCAGUGCCUCUUGUGGUUAUGAUUAUUUACUCAAUCGUUGUAUAGUAGCCAUGCUUAAGUUGGCCAUUUAUCUAAUGCGCAAUGAAGAAUUGUGUCCGGUGGUAUUGAAAUCCCUUAAAAUGCUGCUAAUGUUAAAGCCUAGUGUCAUCUUGCGCAUUUCCAAACAGAUUUCCAUUGGCAUGUAUGAAUUACUUAAGACCUCGGCUCAAAAUAUACAUUCCGAACAGGAUUGGCAAAUAGUUUUUACAAUUUUGGAAUGUGUAGGUGCUGGCGCCGAGCCACCAGAAUAUGAAGAUGCUUCACUGCCGCAACCCAAUGGUAUGACAGCCAAAUCGGAUGGGGCUUUAAGUAGUGAGGAAGAUUCCGGUCUACCCGAUAGAGGUUAUAUAUCAGACUCAGAAUUGGCCGGCAAGCAAGCUACAAGAACUCAACAGACUCAGCAAACAGGACAACAGCAACAAAAUUCCAAUACCAGCAGUCCCUUUCCCUCUAGUCCCACGGCUGAGAAUUGGAUUUUGGUUAAUAAAGAUACCGACUUAACAGCGACUGCUUCACGGCCACAGUCACCUCCCGAAUCCCUGGCAGGAGCUCCCACUUUAUCUAAUCUUGUCUACAAUUGCAAGUUAAUGGAUCAUAUGCCUUUUGCUUUAUUCAAAUGUUGGGACUCUUUGGCCUUUAUCGUACGCAAUGUGGCUCAUAUAACACCCUACAACUUUGAGAGUUGUGUACGUUGUAUACGCACUUUUGUGGAGGCCUGUCGUGAUGGUGGCAUACGUCAAAGACGUAAAUUUGAGGCAUCCUUAUUAGCGGGUGGACAAAAUCAAAAGAAACGUACGGCCAACAAACGUAAUGCUGGUGUCAAUGAACGCACCAAACACCACAGCCAUGAUAGUCAUGGACAUUUGGAAAAUAGUGGUGAUAUAGGAGAAGAAAACGAUGAUGAUUUGGCUCAACGUUAUGAGACCUUAUCCAUACAAUUGCUAGAUCUUAUGUACACUUUGUAUACGCGCACUGCUCAGAUCUUCCGCUGGUGGGCCGAAGAAGGUUGUGCUGUACCUCAGUGCUCCGCUUUAUGGGCUCAGGGAUGGUGUCCUCUUUUACAGGGCAUAGCCCGUUUGGCCAUGGACAGACGUCGUGAGGUUAGAACCUACGCCAUAUCCUGUCUUCAGCAAAGAGCUUUACUCGUACACGAUCUACAGACACUGUCCGGUACGGAAUGGGCUUCCUGUUUCCAACAGGUUCUAUUUCCUCUGCUCAACGAAUUACUACCCGAUAGCCCGGCCGUGACACUCUUAGAUCCCAUACUCCUAGAAGAAUCACGUAUACGUACCGCCACCAUAAUGUCAAAAGUUUUCUUACAUCAUCUAACCCCUCUCAUCGAACUGGGUAAUGCUUUCAAUGAACUUUGGAUACAAAUUCUAGAUUAUAUUGAGAAAUUUAUGAAAGUUGGUUCGGAUAUGUUGUCGGAACAAAUGCAAGAAAUUUUAAAAAAUAUGCUGCUAGUUAUGCAUUCAGUAAGAGUUUUUCAUAAUAAUGAUGGCAGCCUUCAUAUGGCUUUGUGGGAAUUAACCUGGAAGAGAAUAGGAGAAUUUUUACCCAAUCUUAAAGAUGAACUAUUUCGAGAUGAGGGAAAUCGAGCUCAUGUUAUGAAUCAGCAACAGCAGCAACAACAACAGACAUCAACAUCAACAACAACAACAAAUAUAAAUAAUGAUCUGAAUAGAAUACCAACAGUGGCCAUAGUACCACAAUCACAAGCUUUAAUACAACAGCAAACGGCUCCUAUACAAAUUCAGCAACAACAACAACAAUCACCUUUAUUAAUGUCACCUGUAGAAUCACCACGUCAUAGCAUUAUAUUACAGCCUCCCCAAGCAGAGGCUUUACAAAAGCCAGCCUUUAUAUUGGGACAAUUACCACCAUCUAAUACUAAUAUGAUACCCAUGCCCAUGUUAGUGCCACAACAGCAGCAGGUUCCUUUAAUGUCCCCAACAACUUCGGAUGAUAAACCCUCUACUAGUGAUAUUUUACUAACACAAACUAUAGAACCUGAAGCUACGCUAACUACCAAUACAACUUCACCUAUACAUCAGCUAACAGCUAACGAAGCUGUUAGCACAAUGACCAAUGAACAGAUGACAAAUCAAGCAAGCGCUGCAGCAGCAACAACUAAUGUUCCUACCGGUCUUAAUAGCAUGCCAUUGAGUUCAACAAUGACAGAAGCAACAACAGGUUGUAAUUCAUAUUCCAUAGAACUAUUUGAGACACCACCACCACUAGUACCAACCGCAACAGCCAACUCACAUGAAAGUUAUCAGCAACAAUCAACUCAUUCCGUGGACUCUUGCGAAGCGCAAACAUCAAAUGAAACUCAUCAGAAACAGGAGAGUAUGCGCCAAUUACUGCAACAGCAAUACAAUCAAUAUUAUCAAAACUAUCAACAACAUCAGACCAUAAUGCAACAGAUGAAAAAAAUGGCCAAUGAUUCGUUGAACACUAGUAAAGAAGCCACAAAUACCAGUACAUUCAAUACAUCCAUCUUAAGUGGUGAUGAAGUUUCGACCAUAGCAGAAAGUGCUGAAGAUUAUAGACCUCCACCCACAACAUCAUCGUCAGCAGCCAAUACAUCGGCUAAUGUGCCACUUUCUCAUUUAUUGGCCGGUAAUGAGUAUCCCUCGCUACAUAAGCAGCCACCAACUGCCAUUGUACAAAGUUUUGCUCCUGUCUAUGUGCAGUCUGUGCAACAGCCUCAAACUGGCAAUGAUAUCUAUCAGGAAUAUGUGCAAAAUCCCUAUAAUUUAACGCUGCAACAAACGAAUGCCUCCAUUAGUGCUCCUACUUUGGUGAGUGUAGAGCAGCAUCAACAAAACUUACGACAAUUACAGCUGCAAUAUCAGCAACAACAACAGCAGCAGCAGCAACAGCAACAAAUGGCUCAACAGUCAUCCUCUACACAAGCUACAGCUUCACAAAAUCUUAAUCAUACGGAAGCAUUUAAUAGCCCUGCCAAUUAUUUCACCUCCACUGUAGAUCCUAAUACCAUACCACCCGGUUCGGAAAUGCUCUAUGGUCAUCCCUAAAAUGCUUUGUUAAUGUAAAAGGUUUUAUUAAUAUAGAGUUAAUGAAAUAAAAGCAGGUUAUUUUACUUUUCUAGUUGUUGUUAUGAAAUUUGUAAAGAAAUCAGAGAAAAAUUUGCGAUAAUUCAAUCACAAUAGAUUAUUCUUUAAAGUCUUUUCUUGACUUUCUUUUAGAGUACAAGUCAAUCGAAUGUUUUGAAAGAUUAGCUUUAAUAUUUUUACAAAAUUUUCAAAGUUUCUUAAAGAAUAAGUCUAAUUUUAUUCACAAUUGUUAAAUUCAAUCACAAUGGUGAUGGUCUCUUAAAGUUUUUUCUUGACUUUCUCUUACAGAACAAGUCAAUCGAAUGUUUUGAAAGAUUUGCUUUAAUGUUUUUAAAAGAUUUUCAAAGUUUUUUUUUAAGCAUAAGUAAAAUUUAAUUCACAAUUGUCAAAUUCAAUCACAAUGGUGAUGAUGACUUUCUCUUAGAAAGCGAGUUAAUCGAAAGUUUCUAGAGAUCUGCUUUAUUGUUUUUAAAAGAUUUUCAAAGUUUCUUUAAGUAUAAGUAACGUUUUAUUUACAAUAGUCAAAUUCAAUCACAAUGGUGAUGGUCUCUCAAAGUCUUUUCUUGAUCUUCUCUUAGAGAAAAAGUUAUAUUGAAUGUUUUAAAAGAUUUGUUUUUAAAAGAUUUUUAAAGUUUCUUCAAAUUUAUUUACAAUUGUUAAAUUCAAUCACAAUGGUGAUGGUCUCUCAAAGUCUUUUCUUGACUUUCUUUUACGAACAAGUCAAUCGAAUGUUUCGAAAGAUUUGCUUUAUUAUUUUUAAAAGAUUUUCAAAGUUUUUUUUUUAAGCAAAAGUAAUAUUUUAUUCACAAUUGUUAAAUUCAAUCACAAUGGUGAUGGCGGCGAUGAUCUCUCGCUCAGCGAACAAUAGAAGGCAGUAAACAUAAAAAUUAUUGUAGAAUUUAAAAUUUCUUUAGCUGUACUUUAAAUUUCUCUCAAAAUUGUGAAAUUCAAUCACAAUAGAGCUUUCUCUUACAAAGUGAUGUGGGGACUCUCACUUAGCGACGUGCCGCAUUAAGUCAAAUCAUAGAAUUCUUAAAUUUUAUAGAAGAUUUUCUAAUACUCUUUAAGCAUUAUGAAAAUUUUUUUCAAAACCAGAAAUUUCAAUCACAAUAGAGCUUUAUAAAGAAAGAUUUUUGUGAACAUUCACUUGAAGAACCUAAAGUGAAAGUCAAAUUAUUAACUGUAAGGAAAUUUAUUAAUUUCGUAAGACAUUUUAAAGCUUCCUUCAGCUUAAUGAUACUAUCAAUCACAAUAGAUCAUUCUUUUGUGAGUGUGUAAGGAUUAUUCCUAAAAAAUCUACAAAAAAGUAAAAAUUAUUGCUCCAAGAGCAAUUUUGUUUAAAAUAUUGUUCAAGUUUCCUUUAGCGUAAUGAAAAUUUCAAUCACAAUUGUUAAAAACAAUCACAAUAACAACAUUUUUACCAAGAUUUCGGUGGACUUUCAUUUAGAGAACUGCAGGAGGUAGUAAAUCUCAUUGCCGCAAGUGAAAUACGUUUGUAUGAAAGUUAUCUUAAAACCUAAACUUUCAGUCACAAUAGAGCAUUAAAUACAAACAUUUUAAAGAACUCUGGUUAAGUGAAUAACUAGAGGAGUGUUAAAUUCCUUUAACUAAAAGUCUUUCUUAAUGUUAUAGAAGAUUUUGAAAAAUCUUUGUGUUAUAAACAUAAAUGUGAUAUUCAUUCACAAUGGAUUCUAUAAAGAAUUUUGUGGAAACAAAAUUCAACACUAAAAUAUCUACAAAACUCGAGCUUUUCCAAAAAUUUUGGAUAAAAUUUAUUGAAAAUUUUAAAGAUUUCCAAAAUCAUUAAUAAAAUUUCAAUCACAAUAGUAAAAUUUCAAUCACAAUAGAGUCUUGACUUGGAAGAUUUGAGUUAAGAACAACAUUAAAGCAUAAUUCCACAAAUUAAGAUAAAACCUUAACAAUUUUAAAAACUAUCAUUCACAAUAGUGUGCAAAUCUGCUGUUAAGGAGAGAACAUAUACAUUUCUUUACAAAUCAUUUAACAACCCUGCUCCUUCCCAGAAUUAGUUAAAGCAAAACUUAAACUGUUUUAUCCUAACUCACUUACACAACCCCAGACCACUAACCCCCCCCCCCC